CGAGCCAUCGCCGAAUCGUCACCGAGGGCUGUGCGUGUGCGACGAUGACGCUGAUCGUCGUCAAGGCGGGUGCGAAGGCAUAUAAAAACGAGGAGGAGAGUGAGAGAUUCCAGAAGAAUAGCACACCUCAAUCUCACGCCAGACUUUCAACCUGCUCGCCUCAUUCACACGUACCUCUCUCUCAAGACACCUCUGUCACACGCAAUGGCACCCGCGAGCAUCGUCAUCGACAUCGUCUUCAUCCCAGUCUAUGCGCUGCUCUCGAUAGGGUCCGUCGUCAAUGCAUGCAAGCAUCGCCGCUCUGGCGGCUUCAUUCAGCUACUCCUAUUUGCACUUUUCCGCUUCGCCGGCACCAUCCUACUCGUCUAUGCCUACUACAGCAAGACGACGGACAAGAAUGUGUACAUUGCAGGCGGUCUCUUCACUGGUCUGGGUUAUUCAUUCCUGCUUACUGCCGUGCUUUCGCAGUUCCAACGUGCAUCCUCCCAAAGCGGUGGCGGAUCAGUGAAAGGCCGGGCAAGGCGACCGGUGAACCUCCUCCGAACCAUCGCGACUGUCUCUCUCAUCCUGCUCAUCGUUGGCUACAGCAGCUAUGACGGCUUUGCGCCGUCCGCAGACGGGUCAAGCCAGCCACUGCCCUCCACCGCCAAGGUUGGCAGCAUCCUCUUCGUCGUCACGACGGUAGGAGAGGCAGCGCUACUGCUAUACUCGUUCCUCAAUGCUAGCUCGGAGCUCAAUAAUGGCGGAGAUCACGAGGCGCGCUUGAUCGUCAAGCUUCUUUUGGCCGCCCAGCCUUUCCUGCUAGUGCGUAUCGUCUACUCCACGUACUUGGUCGUAUCAGACCAUCCCUUCUCUGGCAACCCGUACGCCCGUCUCGUGUGCAUCAACAUCACAGAAUGCAUCGCUUCGGCCAUCUUGAUGGCACUCGGCUUCAUCCUCUCGCGCGACAUGUCGUCGAGCGACAAGGAGCAAGGCGAAGGCAAACGAGACAUCGAGGAGCCGCCUCGCAGCGCCGUUGGGGAGCAGCCGGCAGCGGCUGACUCGUAUCCACCCUCCUACAGAGCUCACCAGCCUUCGACGUGGAAGGAGAACAAGGCAUGAGCACGUCCGAAACGAGAAGAGUGGCAGUCGGCCAUCGAGCGGCUAUCAUGUAAAUAGCGAGGGGUGGUAGAAGCUCGCGUGUUUCACAGAAGACACGAGGAGAAUGCGAUAGACAAUCACGACCUCUCUACUGGCCCGCCGCCCUGACUGGCGUCGUUGACGCUCAUUUUGGCUAUCUCGACAUCUAGCUCCUCGAGGUUGCGCCGCAGUGCAGCUGCGUCAUUGAGCUUGCGUUCCUUUUGCGCUCGUUCGAGAAAGUGGGCGAUUUGAGAGCGCUGCUCUUGCAGGACCGCGAGGUGAGGGGAUGCCGAGGGUAAUGAUGCCGAGGCACCGCGCUUGUGCGCAGAGCCGUUGGGCUUGGAGGACUCAAGCUUGGGGAGCGAUUGGAG